UUUUGUAAAAAAUUACAUUUAUAACUUAUUUUCGUCUAAUAUUAUGUUAUCAGCAUAAUAAAAUAUUUAAAUUGUCAUUUUAUAACAUUUACUAAAAAGUAUAUUUUCAUAAAUUUAUUCAAGUGCAAAAUAUGUCACAUUUGCGAUGUGAUCCUUGUGACAUGAUUUUAACGGUACUACCCAAAGUUACUUAAAAAAAUGCAAAACACCGAAACAGCAUGGCGAAAAAAUGGGGAUUGGAAAGGACGAUAUUUUAAACUUUAUUCAUCUAGAGGUGUAUCGUUAACUAAAAAAAUAGAACCUCAACGUAUAUCUUUCAUGAAUAACGACAAAACUCCAUACACAUCACUUCUAAUAAAGCUGAGAGCCAGUCAAAGAGAUACUUCCAUAAAAUCAAAUGAAUCUUUGCCCCCAUACUUAACUUCUUUGUUGUCACAACGGAGCGAUAGCUAUAGCACGAAACAGAACAGUCAACAGUCCCAAAGUCUCGGUGUUAACGACACUCUUCUUUUGGACAUGGUGCGUUCAAGGAGCCGUGAAGUAGAGGACGAGUUACGAGACCAGCCGCUCAUGUUAUCCAGUGACGAUAAUGACAAUCAAAAUUUGAACGAGUCAUGUGUUCACGGUAUGAGCAUUCGCAUGACAGAGCGCAGCGCGUCUCGUUCACGCGUCUCCCGGAUGUCUACUCGCCGUGAUAUGGACAUACCGUCCAUACUUGCAUUCACUACAAAUGUGCCUGCCCCACCGACCCAUUUAGAAAUACCAGCAUUUCAAAAGGUAGAGCAACGACGUGAGGAAAUUCCGCGAUGGUCGAUACGACGAUCUGUCUGUCCAGUGUGUUCCCAAAAAUGGAAAGAUAAAAGCUCUAUAACGAAUGUUAAAUAUUCGGGUCUGAAGAGAAAUUCACUAUAUUACGAGUUGCCAUCUGUUAUUGCACCAGCUCGCUUGAGGACAUUAAUCUCAAUCGGACACUCCCCACGACCAGUGCCUGCUGCUGUAGAUAAGGAAGCUGGUGUACAACAAGGAGGUCUCCGUAAUACGAGCACGUCGUGGCAAUUGACAAGGGCUCGUCGCUUCCGAGCCCCUAAACUUCAACUCCCUCCUCCUGAAGCAACAGCGCCCCCAAGUUGUAACGCACCAAUGGCACGAAAAGAUUUAGACCUUCGCGUUACUCGUUUUCUUUCGGAUUAAUUUAGAUUUCCAACAAUUAAAGAACUCCUGAAAUUUUAUGUACAUCUCGUAGUGGCGGUGAAGAAAAACUUCGUAAGGAAACUUGCAUGUGCCUAAUGAAAAUCUACAGCAAAUGAAGAGAUGUAUUAAACGUGCACCUACAUGUGAGACAGACGUUUUAUAGGAAAAAAAUGUUAGUUCUUUUUCUGGCGUGUAUCUACGCUAGCUGAGCGAAAAAUAUUCUGCCAAUUUCACGUAAAAAAGAGAUGACACAUAAGAGAUUAAUCGGCUUCAAAUUUUGAAGUGUUUGACGAUGAUGAGUAGAAACUAUGUAAUACUACAGUUGCUACAGUAGAACAAAAUGUUAAUUAAAUUUAUUUGAUUUUAUGGAAUACAACGUAUA